AUGGGUCGGCUCCGCGACUGCUGCACGGCCUGGCUGGCCCUGCCGGCGGCCUGGGUGGCGCUGGCGGCGCUGCUGGUCAUGGGGUCGACGCUGGGCGUCGCCCAGCUCUGCUUCGGGCUCCUCAUGCUCGUCGCGUCGCCGCUGCUGCGGCGCGGGUUCCUCGCCGUCGUCCGCCACAUCUAUCCCACGCGGUUCGGGCGCGCGCACGUGUGGUUCAUGCUCUUCGUGCGGCGCUACUACCUCGGCGGGCGGCGCCACGCGGCGCCGAUCCGCGUCGAGCUGCGGGCGUCGCAGGCGCGGAGCCCGCGCUGGAAAGCGCCGCCGGCCGACGAGGCGCCCCGGAGCUGCGUCCACGUCGUCGCGGGCUUGCUCGACAACUACGCGUACGUCGUCGUGGAGCUGCGGCCGUCGGGGCCCCUGCGCUGCGUCGUCGUCGACCCCGGCGACGCGGGCGCCGUGCUGGGUGCGCUGACGGAGCUCCGGGAGCAGCACUACGCGUCGAACUACGACGGGUCGCCGCGGUCCGAGCCGGGCGGCCCGCCGCCGGUCGUGCUCACGGGUUUGUUGGUCACGCACCACCACUGGGACCACCAGGCGGGCGUGCGCGACGUGCUCCGGGCCGAGCGGGAGACGACGCGGGACGCGCGGGCGCUCCUGGAGGCCGACGCGACGCCGCGGAACCCGGAGAUUUUAUGGGCCGCGCCGGGCACGAUCGCCGUCGUCGGCGGCGAGCACGAGUUCGUCGACCGCUGCAGCCACUUCGCCAAGCCGGGCCAGCGGUUCCGCGUGGGGCGGGCGCUAGAUAUCGAGGUCAUCCCGUCGCCCUGCCACACGAAGGGCCACGUCAUGUUCGGGUUAUUGGGCGAGGACCGGCGCACCGUCGAGGGCCUCUUCACGGGCGACACGCUCUUCUGCGGCGGCUGCGGCGCGCCCUUCGAGGGCGACGCCCGGGACGUCGCGGCGAACUUCCGGCGCAUCUGGCACCGCUGCGGCGGCAAGUGCCUCCUGUUCCCGGGCCACGAGUACUCGGAGCAGCUCCUGCUCGAGUACUUUGGGGGGUCGCAGCCGACGCCGUGGAACCCGCGGCAGUACGCGACGCUGACCGGCGCGCUGCAGCGCGCGAGGGACUGCCGCGCCCACGACCGGCCGAGCGUGCCCGUGCUCCUCGGCAACGAGGUGCUCUACAACACGCACUUCGGGAGCCUGCACGCGGCCGCGAACGUCGUCCAGGACGCGUGGCGCGUCUUCUCGCGCGCCGUCAACGCGCGCGCGGCGUCCGACGACGCGCUGGCGACGAUCCGCCGGCGCACGUCGGCGCUCAAACAGAAGGCCGAGGCCCUGUCGCCGCCGGAGCCGCCGGAGCGGAGCUCGCUGCUGCGGUUUUUGGACGCGAACGUCGCGGGCGUCGAGGACCCGCCCGCGGCGGCCGAGGAGGCGCCGCCGAAGCCGUCGCUCGCCGACGACGUCGCCGCGUCCCUCGCGCCGUCGUCCGUCGCCGCGUCGCUCGCCGGCUUCGUCACGGGCCGCGCGUCGCCGACGGCGGGCCCGUCGGCCGAGGACCGGUCGGCGCUCGAGGCGCCGAGCGGCGCGCCGCCGGCCCCCGAGGACCCGGCGGCCUACGAGUGGCCCGAGGUGCCCGGCGCGGGCUGGGCGCGGUACCGGCCGCCGUCUUCGGGCGCGCCGCCGGCCGCGGACUCGUCGGAGGAGAAGGCGCCGUCCAUGGCGCCGCUGGGCCGGCCCGCGUCGCUGCCGCCCGCGCAGCGCACGGUCGAGCUCGUGCCCCAGGGCGGCGGCUUUGCGCGGCAGCACUCGCGCGCGCGGGGCUCGCAGCGGCCCGAGAAGAAGAAGCCGCCCGCGCCGGGGUCCGAGGCCGUCGUGCGCCACCGCGUCGUCAUGAGGCGCGGCUGGUCCCUGUGCCGAAUUCAACCGCUGGUUUGGGUGGUCCUGACCAAACUUCAGAAUUCUCUCGCUCGGUCAAAUCGACGCUGGUCCGCGGGCAUGCGCGUCGCGAUCCGCGUCUCCGGCGUCGACCUCGAGUGCGAGAUCCCGGACGGCGUCGACGCGCACGGCGAGUUCUACGUCCGCGUGAACCGGGACCGCCUGCCGCCGCUCUAUAGCUACGCGCCCGCGGACUUCGACCUGCCGGCGACGACGGUCUGGCGCCGGGAUCUGGAGCGGCUCCACUCGCUCUGCGAGGCGCCGGACGCCGCGGCGCUCCCGCGCGCGCGCGCGCUCUGCCGCAAGCUGCUCAACGCGCCGCUCCGCGACACGAAGGACCACGAGGACCGUCACCCGUUGACGUUCAGCCAGCGCCGGGGCCGCGAGUCGCCCGCGCCCGACGACGGCGCGGCGCGGCCGCUGCCCGGCCUGCCGCCGACGCGCCGCGGCGCGUCGGGCCUGCCGCCGGCGCACUACCGGGGCGCCAAGGACGAGCUCAACGCCGGCAAGAGCGCGGCCAUGCUCGACGAGGCGCCCUGGGACGACGACGGCGUCGACGCGACGCGGACGGCGCCGUGGGCGCCGCCGGCGGCCGACGCGGACGGCGGCGAGCCGCCGCGCGACCGCCCGACGCCCGACGCCUACGCCCACCUCCUGGCCAGGGAGGCCGCGGCGCCCGACGCCGACGCGUCGCCGCGCGACGGCGACGCGAAGCGCGUCGACUGGCGCGACGAGCUCCGCGACGCGCGGCCCGUCUUCGAGGCGCUGAAAGCUUUGAGCGCGCUCGCGGACGAGUCCGAGGUCAAGGCGGCGGAGCGGACCAUCUACCAGGUGCCCGGCGGCGACGACGGCGACGAGGCCAAGGUCGUCCACGACCACGAAUUGCGCCGCGCGCUGACGACGCUCGGGCCCCGGCCCCUCACGCACGCGAUGGUCGACGAGCUCCUCGCCGUCGCCGAGCUCGGGGGCUGCUGCCUCGACCGGGGCUUCCUGUUGCGGCCGCGCCAGCGGCGCCACCCGCGCGACGCGCCCGUGGCCCUCGACUGCCUCAAGCUCGCGAACGUGCUCGCCGUCGAGGGCCCGGCGCCGGCGCCGCCGCGGCGCGCCCUCGUGCCCUGCGGCCUCUGCCGCCGGGCCUGCAAGUGCCCGCGGCGCGCCGCGCCCGAGCAGAUCAACGUCGACGUCUAA